CAAAAACUCGUCAUAAUUACCUUGACCCUUCCACAAGUGCUCAUAUUUUCACUAUCACACAAUGUUAAAAACCCAGGUCCGACGCUCUCCCGGCCAGCCCACCUUUCCGAGCCAACGCAAGCUACGGGAUAGCUGCACAGACUGUGCAAGCUCCAAGGUCAGAUGCGGCAAGGAGAAGCCAACCUGCUCCAGGUGCGCUCGCCGAGGCGUUGCCUGUGUCUACUUGGUGUCACGGCGGACGGGGCGCACAGCAUCGAUUGCGUCCAGAGCAGAGGCCGCUCGGGCAUGGGCAGACGGUGACCGAGGCGGGACGGCCCGCACCCUCGCCCUCUCCAGGAGGGACCAUCGCAGCACGAUGGGGUCCAUUGCUAGCGGCCGCCUUGGCGUUUCCGGGAACGGGGGUCGGCUGAGCGGCGCCGGAUCACCGGGGCAAAAGGUUGCCACACCUUUCUCCUCUCAAUCCGAUGUUGGCCCGCCCAAGCCGGCUAUAGGUUCUGCGGGAUCUGGUCUAAUGGGGUCGGAUGCUGAUCCAUGGAGUUGCGUCUUCACCUCCGGAACAUUACUCCCAGGCCCAUCCCCGCCACUCACAGCUGCCGGCGCUGACUCCUUGGACUUCAUUGACAUCGGUCUAACAUCCCCCAUGAUCUUCGACGAGCAGGACCUAUGUCCGGUCGGGUCUGAUUCCCAGACGGCGACGACUACCCCCGACCUCUUCGACGACCUGUCCGCCUCCGUCUCGAACCCGGGACUCUCCCUCUCGGACACUCACGGGCUGAACCUCGACUGCGCCCCGCCGACCGGCAGCGCUCUCGGCCGUGACCUCUGCCGGUCAAGCUGCUGCCUCGCCACCAUGCUGGAGAUGCUGAACCAUCUCUUCCCGAACGCUUCGUGUCGCUGCACCUUCGCGGCAUCCCGCGAGGGUUCGGACGACUAUUUCACGUGUCACGGCCGAACCACGGACGUGGUCCUCUCGGAAAACCGGCGAAUCAUCCAGACCCUCACCAGGAUCCUCAAGUGCGAGUGCUCCCACGACGAAUACAUCCUCUCCAUUACAGCCCUCGUGGUGCUCAAGGUAAUGGCAUGGUACUCGGCCGCGGCCGCUGCCCAAGACGACGAGCCCGCACCCCCGCCCACGCCGACACCGACGCCGACGCCGACGUCAACCGCGACGCCCGCCUCGCGCCCCUCGCCAACGUGCCCCAUGGGGUCGCAACACCCGAGACCCGUCCCCUCCCCCUCACCCGCCAGCACAGAACCAGCAACGCCCCCGACCGCCAUCGAGCCGCUCCAUCACCCAUCGGGAGGCACUCGCUCGCCGGUCGCCUGCUCCGCGUGCUCGUCCCGGGCCCCGCUGGCGGAACGGGUGGUGCUGCAACAACAACAACACGGCGCCGAGAACCACGCGGACGACGGCGGUGACGACGACGACGACGACGAAGACGUGGACGACGUGGACGACGACGGAGACCACCGACAUUUCCACUUGCACUACCACCGCGGCCGCCCGCCGGCGCAGCUGGUGCUCGGCGAGCUCCACCGAGCGCAGAGACUGGUCAACGCGCUGGCGGCGCGGCUCAAGGCCGUCCGGGUGCGUGCCACCACCACCACCACCACCACCGUCCCCACCGCAGGGACAGGGGCAGGGGCGGGGAUGCGGACCGGGAGUGGGAUAGCUAGUAGCGGCGAUGGAGGGUCGGCGCUGGCGUGUGAAGGAGAAGGGGGCGGCGCUACAGGGGGUGACGAGAACCUCGAUCGCGGUGCGGGAUCCGCCGCGAAACGGAUGCCGCCGCUGUCCGGGCCGACCUUUGGGGGGCUGGAGGAGGACUUGAGGCGGAGGAUGAGGGUGCUGUGGAGCGAGACUGUUGAUGUGUUGCGGAGGGGCUGAUGAACACAACCGGGCCAGGGUGAUGGCGGUUUCGCGUGAGAGGCCGUGGGAGGUUUCGUGCUAUGUGCAUUUGUAUGGGUGGCUGAAAAACAGUAACUAUGGCGGACAAUCGGGGCAGGGUAAUAAGUUUCAAAAAAAAAAAAAAAAAAAAAUAGACGUUUGGGGUCAUCUAUCUGUGGUGGUCGUGGAACGGUUCAACACAUCCGAGUUACCUAGGUACCUUCGGAUAGGGAACUC